GUGUGUGCAGCAGAUUAUAAAUUAAAUAUAUUUGAUGUUAAUAGUUUAGUUAUGGCAACAUAAAAGCCCUGCAUGUACUUUUAUAAUUUUGAACAGGAUUUAGAAAAAAAUGGUUAGCAUGAAAUACAAAUACCAUUUAUUGAAAGUUGAUAAAUCUACCACGAUAGCUGUUAAAAAGCAAAUUAGGCCAAUAAAUAUAUUUGUAAUUGCUGUGGUCGCCUUCACAAUUUUCGGAAUCUUCAAUUUUGUCUUCUCCAUGUACAUAAAAACGGCCACUACAACGACAACCCCCCACCCAUAUUCUGCCGUAUAUGACAACGCAGCAGUUGCAUCUGAUGCUGGACCUUGUUCAAAAGUUGGAGUUGAUAUUUUGAAGGAAGGAGGAAAUGCUGUUGAUUCAGCCAUCGCUGCAAUUCUAUGUGUUGGAUUACACAACUCACACAGUUGUGGUAUUGGUGGUGGAUUCUUCAUGACUUUAUACAAUGCAACAACUGGUGAAGCCACGUUUAUAAAUUCAAGGGAAAUAGCUCCAGCUGCAGCUGAUAAAAACAUGUUUAAAGGAAAUCCAGACCUGGCAGUGUUAGGUAAUACAUUUUUAUUGAAUGAAGGGUUUGGUGAAAACAGAAUCACUGCAGAAGAUUUGUGGAAUUACAGAUCAGAAGUAAAACCAGCGAUAAACAUCACAUUGGAUGAUCUUACUGUGUUUUCACCAGGACCCCCAGCAAGUGGGCCUGUUAUGAGUCUCAUAUUAAAUAUCCUUAAAGGUUACAAGUUUUCGCCAAAAAGUAUGUCGAAAGAAAACCGUGUACUUACAAUGCACAGGAUAGUGGAAGCAUUCAGGUUUGCUUUUGCUAAAAGAUCCUACCUUGGCGGGGAACCAAAUUACCCAAAUAUGACAGAGUUAGUGAAGAACAUGACAGCGGACUGGUACGCUGAUGAUCUUCGUUUAAAAAUCAACGACGAUCAUACUUGGCCGGUUGAUUACUACGGUCCUGACUGGUCAGUUCCUGACGACAGUGGCACGGCUCAUCUCAGUGUUCUUGCUCCCAAUGGUGAUGCUGUGGCAAUCACAAGCACAAUCAAUCUAUAUUUCGGAAGCAAAGUUCGUGGUAAAUAUACAGGGAUCAUUUUCAACAAUGAGAUGGAUGAUUUCUCCUCACCUAAUAUCACCAAUGCAUUCGGUGUUCCACCAUCCCCUGCCAAUUAUAUCUCGCCUGGUAAACGGCCAUUUUCGAGCAUGACGCCAACAAUUAUCAUGAAAAAAGGUCGUAAGAAACCUCUGAUGGUGGUUGGUGCAUCAGGUGGAACUUUUAUUACUUCAGCCACUACACUUGUUACAAUGAACUCGUUAUGGUUUGGAUUUAAUGUUGGGGAAAGUGUUGAAAUGAAGAGAAUUCACGACCAACUUAUGCCAAAUGUGACGCAAUGUGAAGCAGGUUUACAUCAGGAUAUUAUUACUGGUUUAAGACACAAAGGCCACAACGUAACAGUAAGAAAAAAGAUAUCUGCUGUUCAAGCAAUAUUGACUUUAGAAGAUGGCAGAGUGAGUGCUGCAUCAGAUUCUCGCAAAGGGGGAUAUCCUGAUGGAUUUUAAAAAUUCUUCACAAUGAAUAGUUUAGUCGAUACUCCAUAAAGUGGGAAAUAACAUCCUUCAAUGUGGAAUAUUUCCACCAAAUGUUUUUUGUUGUAACAGAAAUUCUUGUUUUAAAUUAAGUUUUGUAUUUUAAUAUUUAUAUUUGUACUGCGCAAGAGAUUCCUUUACUGAUAUUUACCUCUGCAUUAUGUUGAGACAAUCUUUGCAAAUAUUAUUUUACAUCUAUCUAUUUUCUUGUUGCAUUAACUAUUUCAAUAAAUGUUGCAUUUUUUUGCAUUGAAAAAA